AUGUCCACGCCGAUAAGCAUACAGAGGAAUCUUCUCAAAAUCGCCGAGCUGAUCAAAAUGGAAUGCGUCAGGAAGGAAGAGCCCAAGUACAAGUUGGUGAAACUCAUCGGCAAGGGCACCUUUGGGAAGGUCUAUUACGCUAUUGAUCUGUGCACGCAGGAGCCCGUCGCGAUUAAGCGGUCCCCCAAGUGGAGGAACAAAGUCUCGAGAGAAGUCGACCUCCUGCAGAAGAUGCAGCACAGCGAAAACAUAGUAAAUUUAAAAUCCAUUUUUUACACGACGACGGAGAAGGGCUUUCGUAUACAGAACAUUGUCUUCAAGUACAUGACAUACAGCCUGGGAAAGUAUAUCCGAUUUAAGAGGCAGGAAAAGAAGGAAAACAACCAAAUAUGCAAAGGGAUCAAGCACCUACACGAGCACAAUUUAGCUCACAGGGAUUUGAAGCCGGACAACAUUUUGAUCGAUACAGGCAUAUCCCCAUUUAAAGUGGAAAUAUGCGAUUUGGGAUCUGCAAAAAAAGUUGAAGAAAGCAUCAUCUCCAUUCCUUACAUUUGCUCCAGAUGGUACCGGGCGCCUGAGCUGCUAUGCGGCUCCAUGUAUUACACGACGGACGUAGACCUAUGGUCCCUGGGAUGCAUAAUUUUCGAACUGAUAAACCUCUGCCCCCUGUUCCCCGGGAAGUUCAAAAAGGACGACAUAUCCGAAGAAUGUUCACAAAUUAUAAAUUUAAUUGAAGUGAGCUUUUACGAAAGUAUAAAGGGCCAAACUAGUAACAGGAAUAAUCGUCUCAUUAAGGAACUGUGCGGACUGAACAUUCGACCUCUGUCCUGGAGCUCCAUCCUGGGAGGCAUCUUGGAGGAAAGGUUAAAAUGGCCAAAGGGAACAGGCGCCCCCAAAAUUAAUUUGUAA